AUGACCGACAACAAAGAAAAUACACCCGAGAAAUUUAGUGAUCUUCUCCUGGAGUCUUCUGGUUGGAAAAGUCAGGUGACUUCUUGGCUUCAGGAAGACAUUCCAUCAUUUGACUAUGGAGGAUAUGUUGUUGGAUCAGGGAUCCAAAAGGCGGAUUUAUUAUGCAAAGCUGAUGGUGUGUUGUGUGGUGUCCCUUUUGUCAAAGAAGUUUUUAGGCAAUGCAAAGUGGAGGCUAUAUGGUUUUAUGAAGAGGGGUCUUUUAUUAAAGCUUCCGAAGUUGAAAAUGGUAGGAUAAAAGUUGCUGAAGUCACAGGACCUGUUAAAAACAUCCUUCAGGCGGAAAGGUUGGCUUUGAAUAUUUUGGCAAGAAGUUCUGGAAUUGCCACACAGUCGUAUAAAACAAUCCAGGCGGCUCGAGAUAUUGGAUACAGAGGGAUUAUUGGAGGAACAAGGAAAACCACCCCAGGAUUACGUCUUUUGGAAAAGUAUUCGAUGAUGGUCGGUGGUGUUGAUCCUCAUCGAUACGAUUUGUCAUCCAUGAUAAUGCUCAAGGAUAACCAUAUCUGGGCCACUGGCUCUAUUACAAAGGCAAUCAAGAGGGCAAAACGUGUCGGAGGAUUUGCACUUAAGAUAGAGGUGGAGGUGCGUAAUGAAGCCGAGGCCAGGGAAGCAAUCGAGGCUGGCGCCGAUAUUGUAAUGCUUGACAAUUUCAACCCAUCUGCUUUACGUAAAGCAGCACGCCAGUUGAAAACAGAUUUAUUUCCUGCGAACCACUUUUUAUUAGAAUGUAGUGGUGGGCUUAAGCUUGAAAACAUCGGAAAGUACCUAUGCAAUGAUAUCGAUAUUUACUCCACGUCUUCUGUUCAUCAGGGUUGUGGGAUUAUUGACUUCAGCUUGAAAAUCAGACACAACAAGUAUUUUUAA